UUGACCUGCAGGAGGUGUCCUCGUGCUCCUGCUCUGCGCUGCAUGCAUGCCGUGUCUAAGUCGAGUGAGCCACGGAAGACCGCGAAAAUGAGUAAAUCUAGAGAAAAAAAUACGAAAAGACGGGUUGUUGAGGAUGACGAGGAUCAGCUCGACCUUUUUAAAGAAAAUAAAGAUGAAGCCCCCCAGAAACAAGUGGAGAAAGAUGGUCCGUCUGAUGGAGAAGACAGCGAUGAUUCUGACAGCGAAGAGAGUGUUUUUUCGGGGCUAGAAGACUCUGGCAGUGACAGUGAGGACAGUGAAGAAGAUGAAGAAGACUUUGAGGAGGAGGCCUCCAGUGGAGAUGAAAAUCAGGGGGAGGGAAGUUCCGGUCUUAAAACAAAACAAGAGCUGUCCUUUACGAAGAAGACACAGGGCAAACCUCAGAGAGAGAAGUUGCUUGUCAAGGAGAAGACCACAGCUGGGAAGACUGUUGUCUUGAAAGGAGUAGCCAAGGACAACGGAACAGUCCAGGGGGAGAAGAAGUCAAAGGGCCAAGCCAUUCCUCCUCCACAGGUGGACGAGUAUGAGCACGAUACUUCUGAUGAGGAGGACAUCCGCAACACUGUCGGAAACGUUCCCAUGGAGUGGUACCAAGAUUACCCCCACAUUGGCUAUGACCUGGAAGGGAAAAAAAUCUUCAAGCCUAUCAGAAACAAGGAUGAACUGGAUGAAUUCCUGGACAAGAUGGAAAAUCCAGAUUACUGGCGCACAGUCCACGACAAGAUGACCAGCACAGAUAUCCGGCUUACUGACGAGCAGAUCAGCCUUGUACAUCGCCUGCAGAGUGGACAGUUUGGUGAUGUGAACUUUAACGAAUAUGAGCCAUACAUUGAUUUCUUCUCCGGCGAGACCAUGAUCCACCCGGUGACAAACCGCCCCCAGGACAAACGAAGCUUCAUCCCCUCACUCAUCGAGAAGGAGAAGGUAUCGAAGAUGGUCCAUGCCAUAAAGAUGGGCUGGAUCAAGCCUCGCAAACCAAAGGAGAGCGACCUGCAGUUCUAUGACCUGUGGGCCAAAGAAGACCCCAACGCUAUCUUGGGUCGUCAUAAAAUGCAUGUACCUGCACCCAAGAUGAAGCUUCCGGGACAUGAAGAGUCCUAUAACCCUCCACCAGAGUACCUGCUCACUGAGGAGGAGAGACUGGCCUGGGAGCAGCAGGACCCAGAGGACCGGAAACUAAGCUUUCUCCCCCAGAAGUUCUCCUGCCUGCGGUCAGUGCCAGCCUACUCCCGCUUCAUCCACGAGAGAUUUGAGCGCUGCCUGGACCUCUACCUCUGUCCCCGUCAGCGCAAGAUGAGAGUGAAUGUAGACCCAGAGGACCUGAUCCCCAAGCUGCCAAAACCAAGAGACUUGCAGCCAUUCCCCACCAUCCAGUCAUUGAUUUACCGCGGUCACUCCAGCCUGGUGCGCUGCAUCAGCCUGUCCCCCAGUGGACAGUGGCUGGCCUCGGGCUCUGACGACUGUACUGUGCGCCUCUGGGAGGUCAGCACGGGUCGAUGUAUGAAGACAGUGGAGGUUGGGGGUGCUGUGAGGAGCAUUGUGUGGAAUCCAAACCCAGCCAUCUGCCUGGUAGCUGUCUGCUUCAAUGAGACAGUGGUGUUGUUGAAUCCCUACCUGGCUGACAAACUUGUAUACAACGCCACUGACCAAUUGAUAGCAUCCUAUGUUGAGCCAGAGGAAGAGAGACCACAGCCUGUACAGUGGCAGGUUCCUGAGAUUGAAGACUCUGACAAGGGUUUCCGUCUCAUCAUCACACAUCCCAAGUCUGUCAAGCAGGUGACCUGGCAUAGUAAGGGUGAUUACCUGGCCAGCGUACUGUCCGACAACAGCAACAUGCAAGUGCUGAUCCACCAAGUGAGCAAGCGGCGUUCCCAAAACCCCUUCCGCAAGAACAAGGGCCUUGUCCAGUGCGUCUCCUUCCACCCCAUCCGACCCUACUUCUUUGUGGCAUCGCAGCGUUGUGUCCGUGUCUACAAUCUCAUUAAACAGGAGCUCAUGAAGAAACUCAUGGCCAACUGCAAGUGGAUAUCUAGCAUGGCUAUUCACCCAGGAGGCGACAAUGUGAUCUGUGGCAGCUACGACAGCCGACUUUCCUGGUUUGAUUUGGACCUCUCUACAAAGCCAUACAAAGUCCUCCGGCACCACAAGAAGGCCCUCAGAGGAGUGGCAUUCCACAAGAACUAUCCACUGUUUGCCUCUGGAUCUGAUGAUGGCAGUGUGAUUGUCUGCCAUGGCAUGGUCUACAAUGAUCUGCUCCAGAACCCUCUAAUUGUUCCAGUCAAAGUCCUCAAGGGUCACACCCUUACCCAUAAUUUGGGUGUUCUGGAUGUAGCAUUCCACCCGACACAACCAUGGGUCUUCUCUUCUGGGGCUGACGCUACCAUCCGCCUCUUCACCUAGGCUGCCCAUUGUCACUGAGACCCCACCGAAACUUAAUAGUUCCACAACAUCGUUGCUGUCAAAGACUGAACCUCCAGGAGAAACUCCACAUUACCCAUUUCAGAGUGAAUGCCUGGUAGAUUGCGAAGAGAAAUGAAUGAGUGCAGGUAAUGGGAGAAGAUAUGUAAAGACCCAUUGAAUUCAUUUCUCAAUGGUUCAAGCAGUUGUCUGAUUAUAAAGUGCCAUUUCAGUCCAGCAGAAUUCCAAGUCACUCUAUACUACAGGUUUAGGCAAAAACAAGGAAAGACUGUGUGGAACUGUAUCUGCCUCACUCUUGGUUGUAUAGUCAAACCACAAAGGCGCUUAGGUCAAGGCCCUUCUGAAGAGCCCAAUGUUCAUAGGAAGCUUUGCCAAGGGAAACAACAAUGGACACCGGAGCUGAACUUGGCCUAAAUGACUGCUGUCCAACAAAUAAAUGUGCUAGCUCCCUUUUUUAAUUUAAAAAGGAAGAGGCAUCACUCUGAAGUUCUGCAUAGCUUGGGUCGGUGAGAUUAUUCAGCUGUUGACGAAUGGGUUUUACUGUUGGCAUGUAUGGAACCUUUUUUGUAUUGUAAU